AACAUAUAAGCACAAAUCUGUCCGUCAGACCUUCGCCGCAGCAGGUGGCAUCGGUCCUGUACGUCAGUUGAUCGCAGCAGUUGCCUUUUUAGUUAUAAACAUGUUUAUAUUUAUUAAUUUCGUGUUGUUGUUUGUCGUCGUUUAUGGUGAUAGUGUGCCGGCGUGCUCGGCGCCAGUGGCUCGGCUGAACGACGGGCACCUCAUGCCCAGGUUCGGUUUCGGGACCUGGCUCGGGCUCGACAAGUAUCAGUUGCCGGUGCCAGUGGACGGCGAGGCGGUGCAGCUGGCGGUGCUGGCGGCCAUCGACGCCGGCUACCGGCACAUCGACACCGCCAGCAUCUAUGAUGACGAGGACCAGGUGGGGAGAGCGGUGAACCAGAAGAUCGCAGAUGGCGCGGUGAAGAGGGAGGACAUGUUCAUCACCACCAAGCUGUGGAACGACCGGCACGCCAGCGCGGCGGUGGUGGCGGCGCUGCAGGAGUCGCUGCAGCGGCUCAACCUCACCUACGUCGACCUGUUCCUCAUACACUGGCCCUUCGCCACCGAGACUAAAAAUAUCAGACCCUACGCAGACAUCGACUACCUGGAGACGUGGCGCGGCAUGGUGGAGGCCAAGCGGCUGGGGCUGGCCAGCUCCAUCGGCGUGUGCAACUUCAACCUGACGCAGCUGCGGCGCUUGUGGGACAGCCACGAGCUGAAGCCAGCCGUGCUGCAAGUUGAGACUAAUCUCAACCAGCAGCAGCCGGAGCUGCGCCAGUUCUGCCACUCCCGAGGCGUGCAGGUCGUGGGCUACACGCCCUUCGGCUCGCUGUUCCCGGACAGGGCGGCGCCCGACGCGCCUCCGCCGCGAGCUGACGACCCGCAGCUGCUGGCCAUCGCUGACAGACACAACAAGACGGUGCCGCAGGUGGUGCUGAGGUACCUGUUCGAGUUGGGAGUGACUCCGAUCCCCAAGUCCGUCACCAAGUCCCGCAUCGAGCAGAACCGGGACAUCUUCGACUUCUCGCUGGACGAGUUCGACCGCCAGCAGCUGAGGAGCUACCACACCGGCCACCGCGUCGUCGACCUCAAGAUAUUCAGCGACGCGAACCACUAUCCCUUCUGAGCCUUCUGAUAAAUGAUGUUUCAUUGUUUCACGAUGAUCUAAUACUCGCACACUGAAGAUAUUCAGACAACAGCUAUCCCUUCGGAACCUUCUAAUAAAUGAACAUUGAUGCUUCUUUAUGUUUCCUUCCAUUCGCAGCGACUUUAUACACUAAUCAAUACCUUGUAAACCGUGUCAAUACAUGUAAAUAAAAUCUG